AUGUCUUACCAACAGCAGCAGUGCAAGCAGCCCUGCCAACCACCUCCUGUGGUGUGCCCACCUAAGUGCCCUGAGCCAUGUCCACCUCCAAAGUGCCCAGAGCCGUGUCCACCCCCAAAGUGCCCACCUCAGCCAUGUCAGCAGAAAUGCCCUCCUACGCAGAUAUACCAACCCUGCCAGCAGAAGUGUCCUCCUAAGAGCAAGUAA